UAUCUUUACUUUGAAGGGUUUAAGUGAGGGGAAUUACAUUUAACUUCUUUCUGAGAAGACUCUACUACUGCUCCACUAACAUUGUUCUCACCUGCAGUACCACAUAACCACGAGCUCCUUUCGGUGAAAAGAUUGAUGGGGAACCAACCAUUAGGCUCGCGCUUUCCCCGCGGCAGGGCGGGACUUUAGAGUCGGGGCCCGCCCCUUACGUGGCGUGCGUUCGUGGCGCCGCGCUGCGCAGGCCAUUUAUCCAGCGCUUAGCGCCCCCCGGCGGCCGUGGGUCCUCAAUGCGACGGCUAGACCUGAGCCCCCGACAUGGAGCCGCAGAAAGAGUCGCGAACUCCCCGCGACACGGUCGCGCGCCCGCCUAGGGUCUCGAUUACUCCGAAGCAGGCCGUGGAGGAGCGGCGGGAGGGCAGUGCCUCCCCUGAGAGGCCGGCUUCGGACCUGGAGGCGGACUGCGCAAGCGCGGAUGGACUGUGGGAGCUGCCCGUGGAGCUGGCCCCGCGCAGGCCCGAGUGCGGCCGCUGCAGGCGACCUCAGAAAGUGUGUUUAUGUCCAUUUCUACCACUACACCCUUUGCAUAUCGCUACCCACUUGUAUAUAAUUCAGCAUCCAGCAGAGGAAAACAAAGUCUUGCGGACUGUUCCUCUGCUAGAAGCAUGCCUCCCCCAAGACAAGUGUAAAGUAAAGAUUGGUCGUCGCUUCAGUGAAGAAAAAGAUACUGAACUUUCAGCUAUCUGCAGGAAGUCUGGUACAUUGAUACUAUAUCCAGGCGCGGAAGCUGCUGAUUUGGAAGAAUUUAUAUCAGAUUCUCCUGUCUAUCCUUCCACAAUCAUCAUCAUUGAUGGUACAUGGAGCCAGGCUAAGGACAUUUUUUAUAAAAAUUCCUUGUUCCGACUACCCAAACAGACGCUACUUCGUCCUCUUCAAGCUUUAUGCUCUUUCCAGCUUCAACAUGGUGCUCAGGUUCGUCUCAGCAAGGAACACCUUCUGAAGAAUGGAUUAUAUCCUAAGCCAAUGCCAAAGAACAAACGCAAACUCAGGAAAAUGGAACUCUUAAUGAAUAGCAUUAAAAUUUAGUACAGUUACUCUUCUGGUGCUAAUUUACCUGUUUUAGAUUACUACUAAUCUUGUUCAGAAGAAGCAAGUAGACUAAAUAGCCAUACAAAAAACACAAAGUAAAAACUUCUCUGACUCAGAAGCAAAUCAUAUUGCAUUUAUUUUUAAAAAAUAUGCCUCUAAAACAUUUUUUCUAAUCCAUAAUUUAAAAUAUAAUUAGUUGCCAUUCUAGGGUAAGAAGUCUUCAUAUAUAAAAUGGAAAGAAAUUGUGCCUGAUUAUUUACAGUGUGGGUGUGAAUAACUAGUUGCAACUAGUAAUUGGACAUAUCCUGCACCAAUUUGUAACCUUGUACAUGAACUUUAUACUUAGAAACAAGUACCAAAAGAGAAUAAUGAUAAUCAAGUGAUGAUUUAGAUUGAAUUAUUUCAUAAAAUAGUAUAAAGAAAAAAGUAUUCUUUAGGUAUUAACCUUGAGUUCACCUAAUUUAUUUACAUUUUCUGUUAAUUGCCUGAAUAUUACAGAGAAGUACAUGUUAUUUUGAAUUAGUAUUAUUUUUGUUUAAAAUAACUCUGGAUAAGUUCUGAUUUUUCAGUGUUAAUUGUGAUAAACCGAUAUUAUUGAAAUUUCCAUAUGGAAAUAACUGAAGUAGACUAGAAUAUUGUACAGUUGUUAUUUUGAGAAUAUAUUUCUUAUAACUAGAGCUAUUAAAUCUUCUUUAAUGGAAAAAAAUCCUUCAGUUUGAAAGAACAAAAUUCCUGUACCCCCACUGAGAAAGCAUUUUUGGGACUUUAUAUAGAAUAAGGAAAAUUUAUGUAAUGUAUAUUUAUACAUGCAAGUUAAGCCUAUUACAGUUAGGUACAUAUUUUAGAAAAAAGGGGGAAUUUGUUUUGGUCUUUGUGACUUCUGGAGUUUUUUGAAUCUUUUGUUAAGUUGUAAGGAAAAACUAAGCAUGCAACUUAAGCUUGAUAAAUAUUGUUUGUGGAAAGCGGGAGGCAGGGCACAUGGACGUGUAUCAAUGGUGGUUUCUGACAGUUUCCAUGUUCAUGUAUUUGUUCCUUUUUGACCUACUUUAGACUCUGCUAAAUCUGUCAGCUUUUAAAAAGUACCUCUUUACAGUAAUAGUCACAAUUAGAAUGCUAAUGUGUGUUCAGGGAAACUAUGUAGAAAAUAUUUUAAAAUAUUAAAUAAAAGGUAGAUUUCUAUCUUUCAUUGAUAACUUAUUUUUGGAUUUAAAACAGAUUAGGUGCUUUGUAAUCUGAAAUACCUAAUGUCAAAUGAUUAUUUGGUGUAAUAAAAAGAAACAGUGUCAUAAUGGAUAAUGCUUUCUUAACAAGUCAAUUAAAGUCAUCUUACAAUAAUUUUGUUAAAAUUAAAUUUCACAAAUUUUAUUUAUAUUUCAGAACCUCAAUUUGUCUUGCCUUUAAAAAAAUCUUAUUGAAUAUUUUGCCUUGUGUCUUAACAUGAACACAAAGGCACAGUAUGCGUUUUGUAUGCAUUUGUUUAAUGCAUACAAAAACAUAAGAAGCCAGUUCUUUGAGGGCCAAAUGAUAGAGAGAUAAGAAACUCCCAACCUGCUGGAUUGCCAGUAUGAGUUUGUGCUCUCUAAAAUUGAAGAAUUCAUUCUUGGAUCAGCAGAGGUUAAGAGCAGAAUCUACUGGGGAAAGAAACCUUCUGUCUAAGAGAAACAGAAGGGGUCCCCAGUGGGGUGUCUAAUUUGGCCUGUUUUAGAAUAACUUCUGCUUAGGGCUUAUAUAUACAUUUGAGUGUAUUUUUGAAUACUUAAAAAAGUUUAAAGUUUAUUGUUUUGGAAAAUGUAUGAAAUUUAUUGAGAGAAAACAUGUAUUUCCAAAUUAUUUUACAUUUAACUUAUAUUACUGAUUUUUACUGAUCUAUUAAUAGGUGAUCCCAUUUCAUCUUUUCUGGUAUACAGUGCUUCUCUAGUUUAUUUUUAAAAAAUAUGAUUAAUAUUUUUAGUUACCUAAAGUUCUCAAAUUACAUAGUUUGCUUUGCUUAUCUUUGCUUGAUUUUUUUCUGGGAUUAGCUUCAGGUUUUUGAUUUGUAACUGAUAGUAGACUUGACAUGCAGAUUUUUAACUGCACUUUGUUGUAUUACAGAUUGAUUGGGGAGUUACUUGUAUCAUGUGAACUCAGAAGAUAGUUAUUUCUGCAUAUACAAGAUAACCACACCCUUAGUAAGACUAUUCAUGGUAGAUUUUAAAUCACUAUGUGACUUAAGAGAUUUAGUAUUAUUUUGAGAGUUCCUCACAAAUAUAAUUAAUAUAGAAUUGAGAACUGCAGUAUAUAGAAUAAGUCAUAGUGCACUGUAGCUUGGUUAUAAAUAAAGUAUCUUAUGUCAAAAUUUCUGUAGCUUGGUUAUAAAGUAUCUUAUGUCAAAAUUGAGAGUUAUAUUAGGAAAAAUUCUUUUCCUGAACUUUAUGACUCUAAACACAGCUUUCUCUAGCCAUGUCCACCAUGUUUUAGGGUUUGUUUUAAAGAUUUUGGAAGAGAAAAGCUCCUUACUACCAUUGUUAGUGAAUUAUGCAGAAGACCACAUUUAUAUCUUCUUUUAGUGUCUUCAAAUUUGCUGGAGGUAAAUUGUUGACCCUUGGAUACAAUUAUUUUUGCUAUAAAGUAAAUUUUAUUGGUGCUACCUAUAAAAGUAGGUCAGAGUAGUAAACUUAGAAGUUUUACCUAACCACAUACAAUAUGUAGACCUUCUUUUUAAAACGGAUGUGAACAGGGCUGCGGGGGGGGGGAGUGCUGCAUCUAAGUGCCUCCUGGCAAGGACCAGUACUAAGUCUGACUCCUGGUAUCAAAAAAAAAAAUAGGUGUGAUAGGUAUUUCUAUUAAUAAAUAAUGCUAUUUUUAGAUAUAGUGAUUUUUACAUUUAAUUAUAGUAUGUACCAUAAAGAGACUUAUUUUCAUAAAUAGACUUAUCUUCACUUGAAUCACUGCCUGUUAACUUGUUCAGUCUAAAUUUUAUUUGCUGGAUUAGCUAAAGCAUAUUCUCUUCUCACAUCUCUUUCCUAGGCUCCUCAUCGUUCUCUCAUAAUCUUCCCUGUUCUCUUUUUCUUUUUGCUAUGCUUAUCCUGUGUUAGCUCUGUUAUGUAUUAUUCAUGUAUGCUUGCAGAAGUAUUUUUCUUUGGAGCAUCCUGUAAUGAUUAAACAAAUUACAACUUUAUACUAAAAUUUGUGCAGGAAUCAGGCUAUAUAGUCCUGCUUUUUACAUGAUGGUGAUAAUUUGACUUCAAACUGCUAUAACAGAAUACCAUGGAUGAGUGGUUUAUAAAUUGCAGGAUAUUAUUUCCUGAAUUUCUGGACCUUGGGAAGUCAUCACAUCAAGAUGCCAGCAGACUGUUCGUGAGGGCUUGCUGUUUGGCUUGCAGAUAGAUUGUGCCUUUCAGCUGUGUUCUCAUGUGGUUGGAUAUGGCAGAUGACUCUACCAUGACUCAGAGGCUGUACUUCCAAUGCCAUCGAUCUUGGAGUAAGAAUUUCAACUUACACAUUUUAGAAGCUAGCGAACAUUCAAACCACAAAAUUUUUAAAAUUCCCUUUAUUUUUAAAGUUCCCUUUAUUUUUUUAAAAAAGCAUAUUAGAAUCUAGAAUAAAGAAAGAACUCAAAAGCCUUAGACCUCCCCAAGUUUAGAGACUCAAUUAAGAAAUGGGCACCUGAAAUGAGGACAUUCCUCAGAUGAAGUACAAAUGGCCAAAAAUACAUGAGAAGUAUUCAACAUUGCUUGGUCAUUUGAGAGUUGCAGUUAAAACAACACUGAGAUUUCAUCUCCUGAAAGAGUGACAGUGUGCAAGAAAUCAAAUAAUAACAUAUGCUGGAGGGGGUGCAGGGGAAAAAAAACAUUCUUCAUUGCUGGUGGACUUGUAAACUGGUAAAACCACUAUGGAAAUCAGUAUGGACAUUUACCAAAAAAGUAAAAUGAGAAAUUGCAUUUGACCCAUCUAUUCCUCUACCAAGUAUUUUUCUGAAAGAGUUGUAGCUAUCAUAUGAGCAUGCGUACCCAUGCUUUUAGCACCACAAUUUGUAAUACUUAAUUACAAUCUAAAUGUCCACCAACAGAGAAAUGGAUAAAGAAAAUGUAUUUAUACCCAGUGAAGUACUGCUCUGCCAUAAAGAAGGAUAAAAUUGAGUCAUUUGUAGGGAAAUGGAUACUCCUUGAGACCAUAAUGUUACGUGAAGUAAAACAGACACAGAACUUAAAUAUCUCAUGGGUUCUCUUCCUUGAGAAUAUGAUAUAUAAAUAGAGAAUAGUAGAGAGCAGUAAUGUGGGUCUUUAGCAUAUGGGAAGGGGACCACCAAAUAGAGGAGGAGGAAAGGAAAAGAAAUUAAUAGCGGGGAGGUGGCGAUGGUGCACACCUAUACUUCCAUCGUGCAGGAAGCUAAGGUGGGAGGAGAGCUGUGAAUUUGAGGGCCACCCUUGGCUACACAGUGAGUUCAGGCCAGCCUGAACUACAUGGUGAGACCCUGUCUCAAAACAAGCAAACAGAAAGAAAAACUCAACAGAACAAAGCAAGAUUGUGAAAUGCUGUGUAUAUGUACCAUGACCCUGUGAGGUGUGUGAUCAUCAUGCACUAUGAAUGCAUAUUAAAAAUACAUCUAAGAGGUGCAGGGAGGAGGAGAGAGAGGAGCAAGUUAAAGGAGAGCUGAGAAAUGGAAUGUACAUGCACCAGCUCUCCAUGAAAGAUGUAAUCAUAAUGUCCUAUGAACAUGUACCUUAGAAAAUCAUGUUAGAGAAAUAAGUUUGUCUUUCAAUUUUAAUAAUUUUUCACCCAAACUAAGAACAUUGAAUUAUUUUAAACUUCAAUUUUAAAAAAAAUUGAAGUAGGUAUACUUUGACUAAGAAAUUAUACUAUGACUGUUGUUAUUUAAAAGUAUAUUAAGUAUUUUAAACAUUUAGAGAACAUCUAGUUUGAUAUUAUUUCAGUCACAAAUAUAUUUCUUAUUGUUUUUUAUGCUAAAAACAUCUAUACAUUUCUGCCUCUAAUAUGUUAUUUAAAAGUAGAGUAUCGCUUAUAUUUUUUGUGUAUAAAUGCAAAACAUGAGUGAUAGGAAAAAUUAGAAUGACUUACAAUAUAGUUAUAAAAUUUUAUAAAGCUAUUUUGGUUACUAAAAUUUUAUUUAUAGAGCUUUUUUAAAUAAAAUCAAUGAAAAGAAUUUAAAAAUAUAUACUAAAAGCCUUGGCUUGAGAUCUAAAAUACAAAUGCCCUUUUUUUCUCUUCUGUAAUUACCUCAAAUUAUAGAAACAAAGCCAGUGUUUUAACAUCUUUUUAAUAGUUACUUUAGUAACUCAGAACUCUUUAAAAUUCAAAUUCUGUUUUGCAAAGAUACAUAUUUUCACCAAGACAUAUAUGGUCUCUUAAAAAUAAAGCAAUUCCAUUUAAUGAAUAAUUUAAAGUAGGGGAGAAGGAAUAUUUCCCUAUUCAUUCAUGUAAGUCAGCAUUAUUCUGGUUCCAAAGCCAGAAAACUGUACCAGCCAUUUCUUUAAUGAACAUAGCACAAACACUUCAAAGAGAUACUGGCAACUAUAAUGGAACAAAUCAUCAAAAAGAUCACACAUCAUAAUCAAAUAGGUUUUAUCCUAGGAAGACAAGAUGAUUCAACACAUGGAAAUCAACAAAUGUAAUAUGCCACAUAAAUAGAAACCAGGGCAAAAAUCAUGUGAUCAUACCAAUAGAUGCAAAAAAAAAAAAAAAAAAACUUUGAGAAAGUCCAACAGUCAUUCUCAAUAAAAACCCUGAAAAAUUGAUAUGGAAGACCUUUAUCUCAAUGUAAUAGACAUUUAUGACAAACCAUCUGCCAACAUCAUAUUAAAUACUGACAGAUUGAAAGCUUUUUCCCUAAAAUCAGAAAUAGAUAAGAGUGUCCACUACCCCAUCACUGUUCAGUACAGUACUCAAAACAUUAGCCAGGACAAUUAGUUGAGAAGGAAAAGAAAUAUAUAUAUAUAUAUAUGAAAGAAAUAUAUGUGUAUUUUUACUAGGGAAAUGCAAAUUAACAGAUUCCAUCUGAUUGCAAAAGGACGCUAUCAUCAGAAGUUAAAUGAUACAUUGAUGAGGCUGUUGGGAAAAAGGUAUCCCUGUGUUGGUGGUAGGAAUGUAAACUCUACAACCACUAUGGAAAGCAGUAUAGAGAUUCCUUGAAAAGCUGAAAUUAGAAAUUCCAUUUGGCCCAGCUAUUCCUUUUUUAGGCAUCUUCACUAAAGAAUUAAAAACAUUUAUUAUAGUGAUCCAUGCAUGCUAGUGUUUGUUAGUAGCACCACUUAAUAAUAGCUAAAUCUUGGAGUGGCCUGUGUGUUAGUAGACAAAUGGAUAAAGAAAAUGUGAUGUUUACAUGCAAUGGAGAACUGCUCCGCUAUAAAAAGAUAAACGGUCAUUUGUAGCAAAAUGGCUGAGCCUUGAGACUAGUGUUAAGUGAAAUACAUCAGACACACAAGUUUAAAUAUUGCAUGAUUUCUCAUAUAUUAGAAACCUAAAGUGAAAAUAGUAAAAUGAAAGAUAAUAUGAAGUAGGGGGACAGUUUUUUUUUUCCCCCAAAGGAGAAGGAGAUCAAGAGAUGAAAAGAGGAGGGAAGGUUGGGAUGGGUGAUAAAAAAAUUAAGAUGUGUUAUGUACUUGUACCAACUCCACAUCAGGAAUGUAAACAUGUACUGCAAACAUACAGAAAAGGGAGGGAUCAUGAAAUGGGUGGAAGGAAAGGAAAAGGGAUGAUAAAGGAAAUUAAGAUACAUUUUGUAUGUGUACCAGCUCCCAACAAGGAAUGUAAACAUUAUGCACUAUGUAUGUGUCCUAAUUCAAGAAUAUCACACAAGAGAUUUGUCUCCUGUAGGCAGCCAGUGUGGGCAGAGAGAACCAGCAGAUCUGCCUCUGCCUGCCAACCCCCACCACUGGAAGGCUUGCUUCCUGCAGGCAGCCAGCAUGGGAAGAGCAAGCCAGACAGUCUAUCUCUGCUUGCUGGCUGCCACCACCACAAGACUCCUUCCAGCAAGCAACCAGCAAGGGCAGUGAGAACCAGCAGAUCCGCCACUGUCUGCUGGAUGUCUCCACCAAAAGGCUUGCUUUCUGUGGGCAGCCAGCAGGAGCAGGGACACACAAUUAGGUAAACCCUGUGCAUCUGUAGGCUAGCAUUGGAGGUCCUUGCUUCCUUUGGGCAGCCAUCACCCACCAGGAGAAUCAAACACACUCCUGUGUGUCUGCCACUAUCGCAGAAGCCCCACUAUAGACACACAGGCUGAAAGAAGCAGCCCCACUGCCACACACACCUGGCCACAAGGACGCCCCCUUAUAGCUGCACAGGUCUGGAGAAGCCCACUCCAUAUCCUGCUACUUCCCUGUAAACCUGGGAUCAGAGGAACCCAGGUGCCUGUCCCAUUCCUCUAAUGGACAGGCUGCCAGUGUGGGAAGUGCCUGGGGCCCCAUAGCCAGUAGAAUGGAGGAACCCAGUAGAAUGUUAAGAUAAAGGAGAAAAAGGCAAACUCAGACCUCUAACCCACACAGAAUAAGUCUGGGAGAUACAGUCAUGGAAGAAAAUGGAAGUCACUCUCCUGAAAUCUCUGCGAGGAUAGCAACUGAAGUAAAAAAAUAACUUGAUGAAAUGUAAAAGUAAUCAAAUCAGAAAUAAUGUCUCAGGUGAAAGAAGGAAUCACAAACUUAAAGAAUUGCUGAGCGUAUCUAAAGAAGAUAUAAAGAGAAGCAUAGGAAAAUGAUGGAAACCUUGAAUGAACAAUAUAGAAAGGAAUUACAAUGCAUGAAACAGAUUCAAAGAGAUAUUCAGGCAAUUAAAAAGUCAAUCAAAAGCUGGCAAAAGUGCUUGAAAGAGAUUGAAGAUAGACUUUCAAAUCUUCAAGACAGGAUUGCAGUUAGCGAUCAUGAAAGAAAGAUCUUUUAAAAGUAACAAGGAACCAGGAAAUAAUUCAGUGGCUGCAAGAUGAUGCAAAGAGGCAUAAUUUAAGAAUGAUGGAUAUCAGUGAAGAAACAGAGGUCAGUACAAAUGAAAUUUAAAGGCUAUUUACAGAAGUAACAGCAGAAAACUUCCAAAACAUAGGAUAUAGAUCUGGCAUGCAGGUAAGUGAGGCAGUUGGACUCUAGCCAUAACCAAAGUAAAUCUACACCCCGCCAUACAAUAAUCAAGAUCCCAAAAAUUCAGCACGAGAACAGAAUACUAAAAGUUGUUAGAGAAAAGAAACAGAUUACCAAUAGAGGAAAACCAAUCACAAUCACAGUGGACUUGUCAACAUAAGCCAUCAAGUCAGGAAGAGUUUGGGAGUGAAGUGUUUCAAAUCCUGAAGAAAACAACUUGCAACCCAGAUUGAUCUACCCUGCAAAACUAUCUUUCAAAACUGAUGGAAAAGUAAGAUACCUCCAUGAUAAAGAACAACUGAAGGAAUUCAUGACCACCAAAUAAACCUUACAGAGAGUGCUAAAGGAUAUUCUAGAGAGAGAGAGAAAGAUGACCACAGUUCCAGGAACAGCAGCAGAGGAGGAUCACCAAACAAGGCAACUGAUUGAAGGGGACAAGUGGAAGACCAACAGCAGGAUAGCAUGGCAAGGAUAAACCAAUGUAUUCUGAUUGUAACCUUUAAUGUAGAUGAUCUCAGUACAGCAACAAAAAGAAAUGGAGAGUGGAUCAAGAAACAAGAACAGUAUAUACUAUCUAUUGAUAUGUUGUAUAUAAGAAGCACAUUUAACUGGCAAGAAAAUUCAUAGACUGAAAAUCAAAGGAGACAAAACAAUUGUUCCAUGUGACAGAAGACCAGAAAAAAAGCAAGGGUAACUUGCUCAUCAACCACAGAAAGAUAUGGUAUUUUCAUGCAGUGAAAAGUUACCCAGCUAUAAAGCAGAAUAAUCUCAAGGCUCUUAUAGGUAAAUAUAUGCAACUGGAGAUCAUUUUCAUGGGCGAAACUGUUUCGACUCAUAUAGGUGAAUCUUAGCAUAAAAAACAGAAGGGGUUAGUAGGAUCCAAAAAGCACAAUAAAUACUAUAAAAGUGAUAGGGAGGAAACACCUAGAAGGGAAAGGUGGUAACCCCCAUUAAUUUCUUAUUGUCUUGUCUUGAACUCUUGUCAUGUUGUCACAAUUUUGUUAGUUUUACCUUUAUUCUGUCUUGUUAAAUCUUACUGUGUCUGAUGGUGUGAGCAUCUAUUUUGAACAUGAUGGGAUGUAUUAUGGUAAUUAUGGUUGAUUUCCCAUUAUCUUGUUUUGAAGCCCUAUAAUGCUUUCAUUCAUUUGUUUAAUUGGUUUUAUUCUGUUUUGUUUGAUUUUAUUAUGUGUGAUACUAUGAACAUCUAUCUUGAGGAAAAUGAGACAUUAUGUAUGGUAGCCACUGCUAUUUCCUAUCAUGCUUUUAUUUUUUUGUUUUGAUGGGUUCUAUUCUUUUGUGUUUUAUUUAAUUUCAUGUGUGAUAGUGUAGAAAACUGUUUUGAAAAAAACGAGGCAUUGUAGUAACCAUCGUUCACUUUGUGUUAUUUGGUUUUGAAGUCCUGUAAUGCUUUCAUUCUUUUGACUGGUUUUAUACUAUUUUGUUAUGUUUGAUAUUAUUGUGUGUGAAGGUAUAGACAACUGUUUAGAAGAAAAUGGGACAUUAUGGUAGCCACUGUGGAUUUCCCGUUGUGUUGUUUUAAAGACUCCUCUGUUGCUUGCAUUGUUUUUUUCUGAUUUGCUUUGUCUUGUUUUGUUUUUCUCUUUAAAAUAAUAAAAAUUCACACAAUAAAAAAUCAAUAAAAAUCACACAAAA